AUGGACAAUGCGCGGGACAAACCCGCCGACGAGAAUGUCGUCGUGAAGGUCGAUGCCUCGGCCGAGCCGGCAACGCCGUCGUCGUCGUCACCUCCUUCCGCCACCGCCGAGCUGAAUGCCGGCGGAGGCGCCGCGGAGUCCAAUUCAAACGCCCAGGACGGCGGCGUCAACAAGAAGUCGGCCAUGUCCGCCGCCAAGGGCAAGAAGGGCAAGAAGUCGUCGUCGACGACGAAGAAGAAGGCCGGCGGGGCGGCGGCGGCGACGGCGCGCUGCCACCACCACAAGCGCCAUGGGGCGAAGAAGAAGCGGGGCAAGCAUCACGGCAAGAAGAAGUACCUCAGCAGUGAUGAUGAUGAUGAUGACGAGUCCGAGACGGCGGACAGUGAGGAUGACGACUCGGGGGAUACCGGGUCGACGGCGUCGUCGGCGGCGGAUGACAGCAGCAGCGAGGAUGAGCAGCAGCAGCUCAAGGCGAGGAAAAAGGCCGGGAAGAAGGAGGCGAGGGCGCGGAAGGCGAAGGCGAAGGCGAAGGCGAAGCGGAAGGGCGCCAAGAAGCACGGGAGGAAGUCGAAGAAGUACGACUCGUCGUCUUCGGAGAGUGAGUCUUCCGAGUCCGAGUCGGAGAGCAGCUCGAGCGACUCGAGCUCCGACUCGGAGUCGGACUCGGAGUCGGAGAGGGAAAAGGAGAAGACGAAGCGCUCGCGUCGGCGCCACCAGGCCGAGAAGGCUCGUCGCGCCGCCGCCAAGGAGCUGGACGAGUCGGACGCGACGGCGACGGCGGAUGAAGUUUCCGAGGAUGGGUCGCUGUCGGGCCAUCUAGUGAAAUUGUCGACCCAGCAGCGGAACCAGUUGCUGCUGCUGAAGCAAGAGCAGCAGCAGCAACAGCAGCGUAGGAGAGCGUUGGCUCCCCCGGAUCCGCUUGAGCUUUCGGAAUUGCGCUUGCAAAGGCUCGCUGGCGACCUCAAGGCGUUGAAGGAAUUGAAAAAGGAGAAAAGGGACACUAAGAAGAAGGGGAAGAAGUCCUCUUCGUCGGGCAAGCGCGCCAGCACACUGGAAUUCAAACGCGUGGACGAGUUGUGGGACAGCAAAAUCCACAACUACAAACUCACAGAAAGCGCUGAAGACCCCGUGGACGAGUUCAAUUCCACCAUCUUCAACGUGCGCAGGAGGUUCGAUUGGGAGAAUAAGUACAGGAAUACGGUGGUUGACAUCAAGUCCAAGCUCUUGAAGGAAGCGUUGCAAGAGGUCAUGAAGGAUGUGAAGGGCGUCUCGCUUGUGGAGGAGCAGCCUUGCGUCGAUCCCAACAUGCUAUUCCUCUACCUCGAAGAGCUUCGUCGCUAUGCGAAAAAGACGCUGAAGUCACGGGCGAGGAAGCAGAAGAAGAAGAAGACCAGGCGGAGGCUAAAGUUGAUGGCUGCCCACUGCAAGGUCAUGAUCGGCUAUCUGGAUGAGGACUACGACGAGACUAAGAAGACACUCUACCCCAUGCUGGAGGCGGGCAACAUCACUUUCGAUCUCCUGUGGGCACUUUUUAAGCCCAACACUAUUGCCUACACCACGACAUACGGAUCGGUCGAGGAUCCGCGAUGCUUCAAGGUCGACUAUGCCACCAAAGAAUCUUCCUUCAUCCGCGGAGACUGGUAUUCCAUCGAAGGGCGUUAUCUUGAGUAUGACGGCAAGACUUUUGGGUUAGGCGAGAUUGAGAUCAACGUCGAUGCCUUCAAGGGCCCUCGAAAGAUCACAAGUUUGGCCACAUACCCGCUCCGAUACCACAAGGAUCCGGACGGCAUCAGGAAGCAACUUCUUGAGCGCGGCAAGCGCUUCGUCACCAUGACUGGAAUGAACUACCGGUUCCACAAGGGCUUGGCAUUCGAGAAGAGGAAGAAGAUGGUGCUGAAGCACAACAUCAACGGGCGGGUCAUGAUCGAUCCUGCAAUAUUCCGCCGCAUCAACCCCAACUACCCCAUCUCUGUGAUCAAGCCCAAAGACCAGGAUGGGUUGUACGACUUCGCCAGCUGCGGGUGUAGCGAUGACGAGUCUGACGACGAGCUGGAGGGUCCUCAAAACUUUGGCGAGGAGAGGGAGGAGCGACAGAGGUACAGAUUCAAGAUUGUGUAUGACGAAAAGAAAGAAGCACAUGUGAUUCAAGUCCCUAUCGACGACGAGGGCAAUGAGAUUCAGACCGAGAAGCUGGAAAAAUUGUCAGAAGAUGGAGAGAGUGCCAAAGAGGGCAAUGACGAAGGCAAGACGAAGCAUGAGUUCACCGAGGAAGAGCUUCUGAUUGCUUCUCCUGUGGUGUUGGGAUUCGCUUUCUCCGAGAAGCGCUGGAUGGAGUUUUCACUGUCCGGGGUCCGAGAUAUCGAGUGGAACGAAGGUGCUUUCGAUUCCCUCGUGCUCCGGCAAGACCAGAAGUCCAUCGUCAAAGCACUUGUAUCGAGCCACAAGUUCCACGCGGCACAAACCAUCGACGACGUCGUCCAAGGCAAGGGCAAGGGCUUAGUCUUUGUGUUGCACGGUCCCCCCGGGGUCGGAAAGACGCUCACUGCUGAAGGCAUCGCGGACUACCUUAAAUGCCCCCUCUAUGCCGUCAGUGCGGGCGAGCUCGGGACGGAUAGCUGGCGGCUGGAGCAGGAGCUGCAGAAGAUCAUGGAUAUCGCCCACAGCUGGGGUGCCAUCCUGCUGCUGGACGAGGCCGACGUGUUCCUCGAAAGGCGGCAGGUGCACGACAUCCAUCGCAACGCGCUCGUGUCCAUCUUCCUGCGGCUGCUCGAGUACUUCCAGGGAAUCCUCUUCCUGACGACCAACCGGGUCGAGACGUUCGACGACGCAUUCCAGAGCCGCAUCCACAUGGGGUUGCGGUACGAGGAGCUGGGCCACCACGCCAAGCGGCAGAUCUGGCGCAUGUUCCUGCGGCGGGUGCGCGAGAUGGAGACUGCGGACAUGGCCGAGUUCCGCGACGAGGACUACAACACGCUGGCACGCAACGACCUCAACGGGCGGCAGAUUAAGAACGCGGUGCGCACGGCGCAGGCGCUCGCCGUCAACAUGGGUGAGAAGCUUAGCAUGGAGCACAUCAAGCGCGUGCUGGCCGUCGCCGAGAGCUUCGAGCGCGAUCUCAAGGGCGGCAGUGGGUAUGAGGAUGCGAUGAGGAGCUACACUUGA